CCAAAAUACAAAAAUAAAAAGCUAUUACGAAACUUGAACCAAAACUAUAACCAAUAGUUGUAAUUGAACAUAGUUAGACCGUGUAUCGUUGCCGACCAGGAUCGUAGUGGAGUGAUUGAGCAACGACGAGCGAUGAGAUUCCAAAUCGUCCAACUAAAAGGGCAGUCAAAAAGGAGACGAUCACGACUUUCAUCUGCAGUAGCACAAAGCAAACACUUCGGAUCUACUUGCAAACCCCACUUGUUCAAUCGGUCGCGCUUUGGACACCUAUUCAACACGAAUAGCCAAGUAAGAAACUUAUGUUUGGGAAUUCCUCCUGAACACCAAACAAUCUUAUACCACAGUACAGUGAGUAAUUUCUCCUUUAAAGCUAAGCAUAUUUUCCCUGUCGUGUGCUUGUCCUUGAACUGAUCAUCAAUCCACCAACGGUAAGAAUCAGGUACUUCUUCUGAGAGAUUAAUUGUGGAUAGUUCAAUGUGAUAGCUCACUUGUGCUUCUGAUCUUGCAGGAGGAAGUCUCCAGCUCCCUCGCCUCCACAAAUCUGCUAGUAGAGUGCCUUUCGGAAUACCUGUCUCAUAACAAAUAGUGAAAGACCGUACCGUAUCCGGUUAUCGUGGAGACCAACAUUAGCCUCAAGACCGCGUUUUGAAACGCUCAUAUUGUGUGGAAAAUGCGCGAGUAGUGAUUGGAGCUGACGCCGGGAGAGAUCAAGAUGAUUCGCGGCAGAGGCUCGUGGUCCGGAUUAUCGACCCGGUUGAAGCUUUACAGGACCCGACGUUUCUGCACAAAAGGAGAGAAUAAACUCGAGAAGACGGAAUCUAGCGUUGCUCAUCACAGCGAGACUGAAUCUAGUGUUUCUCGCUACGAUGAGACCUAUAAGAAACUCGAUAAGCUCGAUUUCGUGACCGCUGCGAAGAUCUUGUUCACUGAACCACCCAAGAAGAACAAAUUUGGGUUUGAUUGGCAUGUGGUGCAAUUCAUCAUCGUCUGCUUGCCAUCUGUAGCUGUGUAUCUGGUUGCUCAAUAUGCUCGCCGGAAAAUGAAGAUCAUGGAUGCUGAACUUGGAGAGAAGAAAAGGAAAGAAGAAGAAAAGAAAGAGAAAGAAGAAGCUGAACAAAAGGCAUUACAAGUAGAGGCAGCAACCAAGUCUCACGAAGAGCUAAUGGAGAUGAGACAGAGACUGGGAAAAAUCGAAGAGACAAUAAAAGAAAUUGUUUUGGAAACCAAGAAACCUUCAGGGAAUGCUCCAACCAAAACCCAAGAAGAUCAAUCAACUAAACUCUCCCCAAAAGAAGUAUCACAGCCAGAAAAAGAACACAAGGGCAAUGUACAGAAACCAGGUGAUGGACCUCACUGAGAUGAUUAGAAGGGAAACUUAGGUGGUAGAUGACGAAGAAUGUACCCUUCUGUGGGUUAUUAUUCUUUUGGAACUGAUACACUAGUUGAUGCAGUUCUCUCAUUUUACUUUUGUUUGUUGAAUCAC